ACAAGAACAAGAACAACGCGCAGUCUCUCUCCUCUCUACCCUUCUGCUGCCAUCGAUCUCAAAGCAAGGGAAGGGAAGGGAAGCCGCCUGAAAGCCCAACCAAACCAAACCAAUCGCAUCUCCCACUCGAAAAAGGCAGGCAUCCAAAACCCAUCCAGGGUAGAAAGAGAGAGGGAGAGAACGAGGAGGUUACCCAUCAAUCAAUCAACAAGAGACCUACUGUAUAUAGAGCAGAGAAGGGGGAUACUAAUUUGUUAGUAAAACUCAAACAAGGAAGCACUUAUUUUGUGCUUGUUUAGUUGCGAUCAAUUAGCCCGCCGCCGCGCCGCCGCCUCCUCCUCCUCCUAUAUUAGCCCACUUCCCUUCCUUCCUUUGCAGCAGCAAGAACUAAGGCUUGUCCCUUUCCCUCUCUUCUCCUCCCCUCCCCUCCGUCUCCCUUCCCCAUCUUCUCUCCUGGAAGCCGCCUCGGUCGGACCCGGACAAGAUGGCCGCCUUCUUCGGUGCUGCACCGCCGCCGGCUCUCGCUUCGUUCCGCCACGAGGAGGAGCAGCAUCAGGACGCCGCCGAGGAGGUGUACCACGUGGACGAUGUCGACGAGGGCAGCGGUGACGGCCGUGGCCACGGCGGCGCCGGCCAGGGGAAGCUGUGCGCCAGGGGCCACUGGCGCCCCGCCGAGGACGCCAAGCUCAAGGAGCUCGUCGCUCAGUUUGGGCCCCAGAACUGGAACCUCAUCGCCGAGAGGCUGGACGGCAGAUCAGGGAAGAGCUGCCGCCUGCGGUGGUUCAACCAGCUGGACCCGCGGAUCAACCGGCGCGCCUUCUCGGAGGAGGAGGAGGAGCGGCUCCUGGCGGCGCACCGCGCGUACGGCAACAAGUGGGCUCUCAUCGCGCGCCUCUUCCCGGGCCGCACCGACAACGCCGUCAAGAACCACUGGCACGUCCUCAUGGCGCGCAGGCAGCGGGAGCACUCGGGCGCGCUCCGCCGCCGCAAGCCCUCCUCGACCUCGCCCUCGCCGGCGCCGGCGCCGGCGCCGCACCUGGCGCCCGUCGUCGUCCUCCACCACCACCACCACUACGCCGGCGGCUCCCCUCCCAUGCCGCCGUUGCACGCCGCCGACGCCCACACGCAGUACACGGCGGCCGCGGCGGACACCCGCGCGCACAGCGGCGGCGAGUCCGACGAGACCGCCUCCACGUGCACCACCGACCUUUCCCUCGCCUCCGCCGCCCCCUGCUUCUACCAGAGUGGCUACGACGUGGCCCCGCGCGCCGCGGCGUUCGCACCGAGCGCGCGCUCCGCCUUCUCCGCGCCGCCGGCGACGGCGCGCUCCGACGACAAGGUCUCGCUGCCCUUCUUCGACUUCCUCGGCGUCGGCGCGGCGUGAUGGGGGGGCCGGCCCGGGCCGGCCAGGCGGCGGUGUACAGGAGGGCGGAGGCGGUCAAAGGACGAGAGCCCCGGCGGCGGUGAAGCCGUGCCCGCGCGUAGUUUAGCUUUAGAGCCCGAGUUAAAUCAUCGAGAACAGAACAUGGCCUGAGCCUGAGAGAGGAGGAGAAUGGCGAUCCACCAUUGAACUGGUGCCCGUGGCAUUGCAGACUAACAGCUCCGCAUCCGUUCGGCUGCUGAUGUUGCUAGUAGUAAUGGUACGGUGAUUACUCUCUGCUUUGGGUUGGGAGAGACGAGUUUGCAAGCACCACCAGACCAAGCAAGGGCGACGAUGGGUAUGGGUGGAUGUUUGCAGAAGAAGAAAAAACCGCUUGUAACACAAACUGCAGGACAAAGGCAGAUCAGAGAUCCUCUGCUAACUCUCUUUUUACCC